AUGCAUGAAUACGUGCCAGAGAGUGGAACUAAAACAGUGCAAAGCUUGAUGGCAGCAGGUGUUCGUGAAUUAGUCCGUCCUAACCGACUUGCCUACUUACAACGUAUUGUAUGCAAUCUAAAUACCUUUAAGGAAAUGAGAGCGUUACGGUUUCAACUCGCUAGCGCUCCAUUAAGUUCAACUGAAGACAAAGUUAAAUUUUUCAAAAAUGCAUUCAAUAUGGCUAAUCGACUCUUGUUCAUGGAAGCACAACCUUUGCCUUCAACAAGUGCUAAUGACUCAGUCUUCGAGAUAUUUUUGGCAAGUGGGAAGGCGAUUAUUUCUUCGGAACAAACAAGAACGCAAACCCCGGUUCCCUUGCGUUCUCAGAGACCAACAUCAUUGAGUCACAUUCAUCAUUGUACGACCACAAAUGUCUUGCUGAGUGUUCUAAUUGCAAAUGCCAACUGUGAUGAUCAAAAACCUGGUGGAGAGUACAUUCUUGAGCAGUUAAAUCCAACGGACAUCAACAGUACUUUGCAGGUACUACGUGCAGAUGGUCUGAUUGCUCGUCCACGUGUGGCUGUAACUGAUCAAACCAUGCAGUAUAAAAAUCAAGCAACACUCAGUCACUAUUUUCGACACUUCUUCGGGCACCGCUUUCAUGUUGAUCUAAUUGAACAAAUCAACCAGAUUCGAUCGUAUCUCGACGAUAUAAACGAUAACGGUGGUGAAUUAGCCGACUUGGAAGAUUAUGCGGGAACUGUUCUCAUUGCGACUGAUUCGUUUUACAACAAGAACGAAAUCGAGCUCGAUAUCGACGAUGCUCUUAUCCAAAUGUUCACUGAAGCGGCAAAUCAAAACUCUACGAAACAAAUUCGCUACCUCGAGUCGACCGAUUUGCAUUUGGAAAGAGUUCAUGUUGUUUUGACAAAUCCUGACGAUCCGGACUCGCUACCAACGAUGAAGGAAAUCACAUCGCUGCUCGACACAUCCAUUCCGGAGGAUGCAAUCCAAGCCCGUCCUUUAGAAGAGUGGUUAGCCGAGGUUUUUACUACAGAUGCGGAUGAUAAAGAAAUGCGCAGUGUUACAAUGGCUAUUCAAGCAACUGAAGCAUAUGGAGUCAAUCUCUCCGACUUGCAGACUACAACGAAUCUACCUUUUGACAAACUUGUUCCUAUUAUCGAGAAGUUACGAGACGGCUUUCAAAUCAUUGAAGCAGGUGUUGAUACAAAACGAUAUGUUUGGCACACCUAUGCGGAUGCGUGGACUGUAGUUGUUGAUGGAAAGCGCUUGUGCCCUCGGCCUUGGAUUCAGCCCGCAGGAUCUAUCUGCCUUUCAACUGCUCGCUGGAUGUUGGAAGCACUUUUGAUGGCCGUUGUGAAUAAGCCAGGAAUCCAAAAGAAGGAUUUACAAUUCCGUUUCGAGUUUGCUCUACAACCCGUAGCCCUUGAACAACUAAUAAAAGUUCUAACUUAUUGCGAAUGUUUGGUUGAAAACUUCGAAGCGUAUGAAGCAAUGCAGUUUUCAGGGCCAUUUGAGGCGGCGCCAAGUCAAACGGUUGUACAUACCUUGGAGCCAACCGUACAAGCCAUUCAACGCUUUGCUUCGAUUUUUAGGGAUGUUCAACCGAUUCAUCUACUUACUUCUGGUCUACAAAGUUUUGCGACUGAAGAUCUGGGACUGAACGAUACGAAUUCUACGGGGAAAAAAGAUGUUCCUUUGUUGACCGCACCAACUCCUAUGGAAGAAAUC